AACUAUUCUAAUUUAUGGGCAGUUGUUAAAGUGCUCCUUAGGUUGCAGAUGAUUUACUGACGAUGGAUUCAAGUGCUUGCAAAUAAACAGAUAACCCCAUCAAGGAAGAAAACCUACCCCAAUAUGAUGAGAACAAAAUCAUUAUAAUACAGGCUUAUUAUAGAGGGCACAAAGUUCGCAAAUCGCUUAUGCCCACUAUCUCAUCUCCAGAACCCUCUGCUCCAACUUAACCUGACAAUCCAAAACUUUGCUUCGAUCCUUCUCUCAUCCAAGAGAACGAUUAAUCUAUAUUUAUGAAAAAUGGUGCCAUCUACACUGGGACCUGGAAAGAUGGCCAAGCUAAUGGAAAGGGAAAAUAUUAAUUCCAUGAUAGGUAGUUACUAUUUGUUAUUUUCUAGUUACAUCGAAGGAACUGUAAUUUAUUCAAUAUAUUUAGUGGAUUGCCAAUGAACUUCAAGGUGAAGGAGUCUACGUGAACUCCAAUGAAUCCUAUCGUGGAUAAUGGCGAGAUAACAUGUUUCACGGCCAAGGGGAAUUUAGGUAUUUUGAUGGUCGAAUUUAUACAGGUAUCCAAAUUCUUACAUUUAGGCUAAUGGAAACAAGGACUUUAACAUGGAACAGGCAAGGAAAUAUAUAAGGAUAAGUCUGUUUAUGAAGGAAAAUUUAAGAAUGGAAUGAAAUGUGGUUUGGGCAUUUUCCAAUUGUCUGAUGGCUCAGUAUAUUAAGGAGAAUUUGAAAAUGAUUUAUUUCACGGAUAUGGUUCAUUUGUAAAUACUAUUUAUUAAGUAGACUUGGCCUGAUAAACUCAAAGUUUUUGAAGGUUACUGGAGGAAUGGCUUAAAGAAUGGCGAUGGAACCAUGAAAUGGGGAGAUGGUAUUAUUAUAAUUUGAUAUCUCUAAAUUAGGUCGUGUAUAUAGUGGUCAAUAUUUGGACGAUAUUAAGCAUGGAUAUGGAGAGAUGUAUUAUACAGAUGGUCGUGUUUACAAAGGAUUAUGGAAACAAGGCGUUUAGGAUGGUAUAGGCUAAUUUUUAGACAAAGAAGGGAUUGCAAAAAAAGGAUUUUGGGUUAAAGGUAAAUUAAAAAAGUGGAUCUGA